CGGCCGGGACCACGUGGGCGGCCAUGGCCACCCAGGCCAAGCGGCCCUGCCGGUCCUCGCCGCCCCUGACCUCUGACCCCCCGCGGGGCCCGGGGCCUGCCCCGCAACACCACGACCACCACGAGGAGCACGAGGAGGAGGAAGAGGAGCAGGAGCAGGAGGGGGCCGGGCCCCUGCCCGCCUUCCUGCGCUGGUGCCGCCGCGCGGGGCUGCAGCUCAGCCCCAAGGUGACGGUGAGCCGGGUGGGCACCGUUUCCGGCUACGGGAUGCUGGCGCGGGAGGACCUGCAGGGGGGAGAGCUGCUGUUCACCGUGCCGCGGGCCGCGUUGCUGUCCCAGCACACGACCUCCAUCCGGGCCCUGCUGCACAGAGAACGCCAGGCCCUGAAGAGCCAGUCGGGUUGGGUGCCCCUCCUCUUGGCCCUGCUGCACGAGUACCAAGCCAGCGACUCGCCCUGGCACCACUACUUCUCUCUCUGGCCCGACCUCAAUGACCUGGACCACCCCAUGUUUUGGCCCAAGGAGGAGCGGGGCCGGCUGCUCCAGGGCACUGGUGUGCCCGAGGCGGUGGAGAAGGACCUGGCCAACAUCAGCCACGAGUACAGCAGUAUCGUCUUGCCCUUCACGGAGGCCCAUCCCGAUCUCUUCCCCGCCGGCUCCUGCUCGCUAGAGCUGUACUGUCGACUGGUGGCGGUGGUCAUGGCCUACAGUUUCCAGGAGCCCCUGGAGGAGGAGGAGGAAGACGAGGAGCCUAACCCUCCGCUGAUGGUGCCGGUGGCGGACAUCCUCAACCACGUGGCCAACCACAACGCCAACCUGGAGUACGCCCCGGAGUGCCUGCGGAUGGUCGCCACCCGGCCCAUCCCCAAGGGCCACGAGAUCUUCAACACCUACGGGCAGAUGGCCAACUGGCAGCUGGUGCACAUGUACGGCUUCGCGGAACCCUAUCCCGGCAACACCGACGACACGGCAGAUAUUCAGAUGGUGACGGUGCGGGCGGCCGCCCUGCAGGGCGCCGAGACAGAAGCGGAGAGGCAGUCGGUCCGCGAGCGCUGGGAUUUCCUCUGCCAGUUGGAGAUGGUGGGAGAGGAAGGCGCCUUCGUGAUCGGCUGGGAAGAGGUGCUGACCGAAGAAGAGCUGUCCGCCACGCUCAAGGUACUGUGCAUGCCCGAUGAAGAGUUCAGGGAGUUUAAGGAGCACGAAGGCUGGGAGGAAGACGACGACGACGGCUUGAACCUGACCAGCGAGAGCAUCCCCAAACUCAAAGCCUCGUGGCGGAAGCUCCUCCGCGACAGCGCGCUGCUGACGUUGCGGUCCUACGCCACGGACCUGAAAGCCGAGCAGGAUCUGCUCGGCGACCCGGCCGCCUACGCCCGGCUCGGCCCCAGGGAACGGCAGGCCUUGCAGGUUCGCUAUGGCCAGAAAAUGAUCCUGCACCGACUGUUGGAACUGGCUAGCUAAGGGGGACCGUGCCUGAAGUGAGUUUUUUUAUAUGUACAUAGUCCUUGCAGCUGUUACCUUACAGGCGUAUAAAGUUCUCCUCUUGGCCCCUCUACACUCUACUUCUCGCCGGUUCCGGCUCAGGUCCCAACUCCCUCACGUGAGCCGGGAGGGGGUAGGUUAAAACCUGGGCGGCAGUGGUCCGAGUCGGUGAUUCCACCUCAGGACACCUUCCGUCACAGAGAGGGAUUUUGUCAAACGGCCCAGGUUAGGAAGCUCGAGGCCCUUCCGUCCUCCUCCGCCCCCCACCUUUCGUCAGCCCGUCCCGUGCCGGAAGAAACACGGGAAGGGUAGGAAGUGGGACGACCCCCUACCUUCUGCCGGGCUUCCCUGCUCCCCGAACUAAAAGUACGGCCUUGAGAUGAGGACACAAGGCUGACGUUUGCUUAACUCGCCCAGACCUCGCCUGUUACGGGUCCAGAUGAGAUGGCACCGGCCCUUUCGGAACAGAAGGGCAAAUAAAUCCACGGACUCUA